ACGGCAAACUACCGUUGUCCCUGGUGGAACGACACUCGGGAAAAUGAUGGUUAUAGUGAUUUUAAGUGUUGUGUGUUGUUUGUUUGGAUUGAAAGUAGUCAGUGGCUGUUAAUAUUUGGAGAAAGAAAGGAAGGCAAAGUUAUUGAGCCCGUUUGACACUUGGACAUGUGGGUUUUUAUUGUGUUGAUUCACCCAAGAUGACGGGAGGAAGUGCUGAUGAAGGAUAUGACUGGUCGAUACGACUGGCCAAAGAUCAAGGAGAAUUUGUUGGCGGGAAGCUUCGACCAGAUGCUUUACCGUCUCCUGAGGCAGCAAAAAGAAGAUCGCGAGAAGGAAGGGGUAAGCGCGGACAAAGACCAAGCCGUUUACAAGACCUUGACUGACAUGCGGAACAUGAUGGCUGACAUGAAGGAGGAAAGGUUAAAGCUACAAGUGAUGAUGGUCCAGACGAAAGGGGGGAAAAGGAAGGGGAAAGCACCCGUUGUGGAGGAAGUGAGCAGUUGCAGCAGUGAAGAGGAAGACGAGGAGGAAGUGGAGCCCCCUCGAAAAUUGACCAAGGCAGAACGAAAGGCCCUGAAUCAGAUACGAGGAGGGCAGGGCACUAGGAAUCUCAUCGAUCCCAAUGUGGAAGGGGGAAUGAGAAAGGAAGCCUUCCGACGUAUGGGGCGAGAUCUUCCAGCAACUUUUCGACUGGCUUCCCCUGAAGAAGUCGAACAGAUCGAGUUGGAAGCGGCGAUGGAGUCGUUGACGAUUGAAGAUGCCAAGGCCGGAGAUGAAGGUUUGAGCAAAGAGCAGGAAGCGAUACUGCAGCGAGCUCAGGCAGUGGUCAGAAAAAUGACUCGAUGCAGGGAAACUUUCGUUCAAGUAUGUGCCGACAUGAAUGAAGAGUGGCCCGGGCUUCCCCAAUUUUUUCUGUUCGGGGGAUGGGACAGAGAUGGCCAAGGAGUUCUUAUUGAUGUUACUGCAUCACAACCUGGAUCGCCGUCGGCAGGGCGUUUAAUGGCCACCACGGUCUUGUCCCGUCCUGCUUUUAAGCGACCUGCCACCGCUGGCCUCCCACAAGCUCGGAGGGCUCGAAGGCCGUCGCGGCCAAGAGCAGCGCCAGAAGAAGGGCCAAGUCAGCCUCGGGAAAGCGAGACAAUUGCGAUUGAGGAAGACGAUGGCGAGGAGGACGAAUUGUUGCGGGCCGAGGAUGAGCGGUAGGCCAAACAACGAGCCAUGGAGAGGGAACCAGAAACGGACAAGGCCGAUGUUGAGGAAGGAGAGCUGAAAAAGAAGAAGCAAGUCUACACAAUUCCAGUAGAGUAGGGACUGGAUAUUGAGCAAAUCGUGGACCGGAUUUUGGAAAGCCAGCGCGAUUUGUUCACGGUCAAGGAGUUCUUGGCCGCGGCACCCAAAAUC